UCGCCGAAUGAUCGUCGCUCCGUACGGAGGACGCGUGCGCGUGUCGUGUACUGUGAUCACAUGAGUGGAGAGCUGUUCGAUACGAUUUUGUGUAGACUAGGAAGAUCAGUGUGUUGAAAAUAGUGUUUAGUGAACCGUCGUGAAGAAAAAAUACAAUUCGAAUUGUGGCCAGUGGGAUAAUGUUUAAGCGUGCCGCCGAGAGGGCUUUCGUGGUUGAACGGAGCGAGACGAAGCUCAUCGAGGAGAACAAGAACGCGUGACAGGUCUGGACGAAGCUCGAGGAAGCCGCCUCUCCGAGGAUCCCCGGGCGCAGCGCUAUAGAAAGUGUCGGCAGGUUGUGUCCCUGUUAGCGUUAGGCAGUAGAAUAGUAAGAUGCUAGUCUUCCCGGUGACCGAGUCAUCAACGAGGAUGGGCUCGCUGUUGUCUCAUCAGCAGCAACUCCGUCUGGUCCUGUUGAUCCUGGUGCUGAUGUCUCCGCGUUUGCCGGUUCGUUCAACCUCGGCGGACAUAGUACAAAAGUUCCACGACCCCGAGGUGAAACGCAUGAACCAUUUGGUCGUGGACAAGAACACGGGCCGCGUGUACGUGGGCGCGGUGAACCGGCUGUACCAAUUAUCCCCAGACUUGCAACUGGUGGUGAAAGAAGUGACCGGUCCGAAGGGCGACUCGACAGCUUGCUCGAUGAUCGACUGUCCCCGAGAAAUGUCGACGAAGCUGGUGGACAACGUGAACAAGGCCCUGGUGAUCGAUUACACGACCACCAGGUUGAUCUCGUGCGGUAGCCUGUCGCAGGGCACGUGCAGGGUUCGAAAUCUGCACAACAUCUCGGAGGUGGUGCAAGAGGUGAAGGAGGCGGUUGUGGCGAACAACGCGACCGCUUCGACGGUAGCCUUCAUAGCACCGGGACCACCGAAUCCACCGGUGUCCCAGGUGAUGUACGUGGGCGUGACUUUUACCGGGAACUCGCCGUACAGAUCGGAGGUGCCCGCGGUGAGCUCCCGCUCCCUCGACAAGGACAGGAUGCUGAACAUCGCGGAAGCCGCUGUCACCACCGGUACCAGGAUGUACAUAAACUCGCUGGCUCGCGAGCGAUACCCCAUCAAUUACGUGUACGGUUUCAGCAGCGGGGGUUUCAGCUACUUCAUGACCACGCAGAUGAAGAACACCGAGACGGCGAUAUACAUAUCGAAGCUGGUGCGGGUCUGCCACGACGACCAGCAUUACUACUCGUACACCGAGAUACCGAUCAACUGCACCAACGACGGGAUAUAUUACAACCUGGUGCAGGCCGCGUACGUGGGCAAAGCUGGCUCGGUGCUCGCCGGUGAUUUGGGCAUCACAGCGCAGGACGAUGUGCUGUUCGCCGUAUUUGCCGAGAGCAACGGCACCAACAGCGACGUACCCGUGGAACAUUCCGCGCUAUGUGUUUACUCGUUGAAGGCUAUCAGAAGGAAGUUCAUGACCAAUAUACAGAAGUGCUUCAGCGGUGAGGGACACAGGGGAUUGGAGUACGUGUCUCCCAGUCAUCCGUGCAUCUCAACGAAAUUACAAACGAUCGGCGAGGAUUUCUGCGGUUUGGACGUGAACACACCUCUGGGAGGAGAGGACCCGAUGGAGGGGACGCCGGUGCUCACUUUCAAGACUCAUCUGACGGCGGUCGCUGCCACAUCGACCGGUGACUACACGGUCGUCUUCGUGGGCACGAACAAGGGUCAUCUGAAGAAGGUGGUUGUGGAGAGUUCGACCCUGGCACUGGAGUACGGCGACCUGGAGAUCGAUCCAGAUUCCCCGGUGAACCCGGACCUGUUGUUCGAUUCCCAGCUGAUGCACCUGUACGUGAUGACAGAGAAAACGGUGUCCAAGGUCAAAGUGCAGGAAUGUUCCGUGUACAAGACCUGUCUGGACUGUCUGGGAGCUAAGGAUCCGUACUGUGGUUGGUGUUCGUUGGAGAACAAAUGUAAUCUGCGCAGCGAUUGUCAGGAUGCUGCGAAGGAUCCUCUCUAUUGGAUCUCUUACAAAAGCGGCAGGUGCACGACCAUCACGACCGUCACACCGGAUCAACUGCAACGCACGACUGCUAGAACACUGGAGCUGGUGAUCGAGAACCUGCCAACGCUCUCGGGACAAUUUCUCUGCGCUUUCUCCACCCUGGACAAAACUCUGAUCACGAACGCCUCGAGGAAAUCCUUCGGAGUGAAUUGCACCACGCCAAGAACCGACUUGUUACCGUCAAUCCCGCCUGGACAACAUCACUUCACCGCAAAAUUGUCCGUCAGGAUGACCAACGGACCCGAUCUCGUUGACACCAAUUUCACGUUCUUCGACUGCAACACGUACAGCUCCUGCACGCAGUGUGUCUCCUCGAGCUUCCCCUGUGAUUGGUGCGUGGAUGGACACAGAUGCACUCAUGACACGGCGGAGAACUGUCGGAAUGAUAUAUUAGUCACCGGAGUUAGCAGGAUGGGUCCAAGUUACAGAAGCGGUCCAGCAUUUUGUCCCACGUUGAACGCCACCGGAUCCCCGGAAAUCCUGGUUUCUGCCGGUGUGAGCACCGCGAUUAAAGUCAAAGUGCACAUCAUAGGGCAAUUCAUCGUGCAGACCCGGUUCGUGUGUCAGUUCAACAUCGAGGGUCGUGUGACCAGCGUGAAUGCACGUUUAUUGGCAGACACGAUUUACUGCGACGAGACCGAGUUUUCGUACACGUCCCGUGCGGCGAACAUCACCGUGCCCUUCGCCGUCAUCUGGGGCGGCUCGAAGCCCCUGGACAACCCGCAGAACCUCCAUCUUGUGAUCUACCGGUGUCGCGACAUGGCCGAAAAUUGCGGAAUGUGUCUAGCACUUGCGCCCAAGUACGAUUGCGGAUGGUGCCAGAGCACGGACAGGUGCGAGGUGAAGGACAACUGCGAACGCGACACAGGCAUGUGGUUGAACAGCAAUCAGACCUGUCCGAAUCCUGAGAUACACUCGUUCGAGCCGAUGAUGGGACCUUGGGAAGGUAACACGAACGUGACGAUACGCGGCAUCAACCUGGGCAAAACAUUCAAGGACAUCUAUCGCAGCGUAAUGGUUGGUGGAAUGCAAUGUCAGCCGUACGAAGAGCUGUACAUGCGGACAAAGCAGAUAGUCUGUCGAGUGGAUGGUCCAGGUACAAUGGAGGUGAAACGACGUGGACCGGUGAUUGUGAAGAUCGAGGACUUCCGGGGUCAGUCAGAGUACAACUUCGAGUUUGUGGAUCCGCGGAUUCUGAACAUAUCCCCGAAGUAUGGGCCGAUGAGCGGGGGCACUACUGUGAGAAUCACCGGCAACUACAUGAACGCUGGUAGCACCAUUAAAGCGUUCAUCGACGAGCUACCGUGUUCCAUAAUCAGUGCCGAGAUGCACGAAGCGCUAUGCAUGACGAGCGCCAGUAAUCGUACAAGAAACGGUGUGCUGAAGAUGGUAUUCGACGGUGCGUACCGAAUCUACGACGGCUACUUCGAGUACGUGGAUGACCCAAGGAUCAAGAGCGUAGAGAGCGGAGUGGCUGGUCAGAUGAAGAUCGCGAAAGGUAUCCCAGCCGGAGGCAUCAAGAUCUCCGUCACCGGGAAGAACCUCGGCUAUAUCCAGAGUCCGCAGAUGUACGUGUACUACGACGAAAAGAUGUUCGUGUCGCAGUGCGAGGUGCACAGCCAGGAGAGCAUGAUCUGCAAGUCGCCGACCAUCGAGGUGCCCGAACAUGAGGUGCUGGACGCGGAGAAACCGUUGAUGUUGGAGUACGGUUUCCGCAUGGACAACGUAACGGCUGUGCAGAAUUUGUCGCGACACGGCUUCCAACACUUUCUGCUCUACCCGAAUCCCAUCUACGAAAUGUUCGACGAAGAGAUCAAGUACUAUAAGAGCGACUAUCUGACCAUUAACGGGCAGCACCUUGAUCGAGCCUGCCAGGAAUCUGACGUGACCGUGCAGAUAGGCAACGCGUUCUGUAACGUCACAUCUCUGUCGAGGCAACAGCUCACAUGUAGACCGCCCUUGACCCAGCCACCGGCCAUAGACGCCUAUGGCUCCCCGAACAAACAAGAACUGCCCGAGGUGAUCGUGAUCGUGGGCGGCACGCUUCAUUACAAGAUCGGGAAACUGAGCUACGCAUUGCCAGCCGGUCUUAACGGGCCUCUAUCGAAACCGGCUCUGAUCGGCGUAAUAGCCGCUAUAGUAAUUCUGGUAUUCGUGUUCAUCGCCUUCCUCAUUGCUUAUCGACGCAAGUCUACCGAGAGCAACCGGGUAUUGAAAAACAUGCAGGAGCAAAUGGAUAUUUUAGAGCUUCGAGUCGCCGCGGAAUGCAAGGAGGCUUUCGCUGAACUGCAGACAGAGAUGACUGACCUAACGGGAGAUUUGACUAGUGGAGGCAUACCAUUUUUGGAUUAUCGCACUUAUGCUAUGAUGAUUUUGUUCCCAAGCGACGAUAACAGCCCGGUUCUACAGUGGGACCGACCGGAACUGGCUCGUAAAGAGAAAGGAUUGCGUCUGUUCGGACAACUGAUAAUGAACAAAACCUUCUUGCUUCUGUUUGUACGCACUCUGGAGAGUAAUAGAUACUUUUCCAUGAGGGACAGAGUUAAUGUGGCCAGUCUUAUCAUGGUCACGUUACAGAGCAAGAUGGAAUAUUGUACGGAUAUCUUGAAGACCCUUCUCGCGGAACUGAUAGAGAAAUGCACGGAGGGAAAGAGUCAUCCGAAGCUAUUCCUUAGACGAACGGAGAGCGUGGCUGAAAAAAUGCUGUCAGCCUGGUUCACUUUCCUUUUGUACAAAUUCAUGCGAGAAUGUGCCGGAGAACCAUUGUACGUGCUGUUUCGCGCUGUGAAACAACAAGUUGACAAAGGUCCCGUUGAUGCCAUCACGUCCGAGGCACGAUAUUCGUUGUCCGAAGAGAAGCUGAUUAGGCAGUCCAUCGACUUCAAACCAAUGACGGUCUACGUGUCAAUAUCCCAGCAAACGGUAUUCGUCGGAGGUAUGGAUCCGAACACAGAAAACGUGCCCGUCAAAGUGCUAGACUGCGACACGAUAUCUCAAGUGAAAGAGAAGGCAUUGGACACGAUCUAUAGGGCCACGCCUUACAGCCAAAGACCCAGGAAAGAUGAUCUCGAUCUUGAAUGGCGGACCGGAGCAUCCGGCAGACUGAUCCUCUACGACGAGGAUUCGACGACGAAGACGGAGGGCGAAUGGAAGAAACGUAACACACUGAAUCACUACAGGGUACCAGAUGGAGCGUCGCUCAAUUUAGUUUCCAAGCAGUCGUCGAUCUACAAUCUGUCGAUCCUCUCGGAGAAGACCGACAAAUCGCACAAAUACGAGACACUGAAUCUUAGUAAAUUUAGUUCGGCUAGCCCCCCGUUGUCCCGCGCCACGUCACCAUUGAAUCAAAAUCACGACGGUGGAUUGAAGUGUUGGCAUCUGGUUAAGCACCACGAUUCCGACGUGCGAAAAGAAGGCGAUCGCGGAAACAAGAUGGUCUCCGAGAUCUACCUGACGAGGUUACUAGCCACCAAAGGUACGCUCCAGAAAUUCGUCGACGACUUGUUCGAAACGAUCUUCAGCACUGCCCACCGAGGAUCGGCUCUUCCCCUCGCUAUCAAAUAUAUGUUCGACUUCAUGGACGACCAAGCUCUACAACAUGGCAUAUCUGAUCCUGAAGUUGUCCAUACAUGGAAGAGCAACUCACUCCCGCUUAGGUUUUGGGUAAAUCUCAUCAAGAACCCGAAUUUCAUCUUUGAUAUACACAAAUCGAACAUUGUCGACUCCUGUCUGUCCGUCGUCGCUCAAACAUUCAUGGACAGUUGUUCCACUUCGGAUCAUAGAUUAGGUAAGGACUCACCGAGUUCAAAGCUACUUUACGCAAAGGACAUUCCAGUGUACAAAGAAUGGGUAGAGCGUUAUUAUUCAGAUAUCAAAGUGAUGCCAGCCAUAUCCGAUCAAGACAUGAACGCUAUGCUUGCCGAAGAGUCUAGGUUGCACACGACGGAAUUCAACACGAAUUGCGCCCUGUACGAACUAUACACGUACGCGGGUAAAUACAACGAACAGCUGAUAGUCACCCUGGAGGAGGACGAGUUCUCGCAGAAGCAAAGAUUGGCAUACAAGCUCGAACAGGUGCACAAUAUAAUGGCGGCAGACAACCCCUGAUGUACCAUGAACUCUAUGAAACAUAUGACAAAGCCCGCCCGCCAAGAGUUACCCUGCUGAAUACUCUACCGCAGUUAGGUAUUCUCGAGGAAGCACCAAGAGGACUGGCCUAUCUUGUAAUCGAUCGUCUCAGGUUUCCGUGCAAGCCAGUUAACUCAGCUUAGUAUGCGAAUUAUGCGAGAAGAAAGUUGCACAACGGACCGAUAAAGCAAACAAGUUCCAACGGGAAGUUUAUUAAUUGUACACGAGGACUAAGUGUUUUUUUUUUCUUUGUGACGAAGUCUUCUGAAUAUUUGGUCGCCGACCAGGCAGGUGUGGCGACGAUCACAGCGCAUGAUCCCACGCAUAAUUGUACAUAAGAUACCAAAAUCACGAUUAAUUGUAAUAGAAUUAUUGAUGUGCGUUCGCCACCUGGCGGCGGCCGUAGCCACACAAACUGUAACGAAAGAUUUCGCGCGUCAAUCGUGUCCACGAUCUUCUCCAUCACGUGCCGCGAUCGUCGGACAAAAUUACAAACAAAAAAAGAACAAAAACACAAAACGAACGAAGUAAUAGGACAUUAGUGAUAUAAGUGAGUGAACGAAUCAGCCGAUCGAUCCGAUAAAUUUGUAAAUGUGUUUCGAAACGGUCGACCCGACCGUCGCUAUCGGGACAUCGGCGAUUUUUAACGAAGAAACAUUUCCAUCCACCGCUACUAGCUGAAAUUUUUUGAAUUACGAACUGACGAAUUUUAAUAAAUAAGAUAAUUAACGAUUAACAAUGAUUAAUUAAACAA